CGGAGCGAGCACGGAGGGAUUCCCGGUUUGCGGCGCGUGCGGAGAGUUUCAGACUCUUUAUCCUGCUGGGAAUCAGAUUAUAGCAGAUAACAGGAGCGUCUUCACGCGCGCGCGGAGUUACAGAGGCGCAGAGUGGUUAUAAUGUUUUGGAGAGAAAAGAGAAGCCGGAGAGAGAGAGAGAGGAGCUGAGCUGUUAGACAAAGAGUUGUGGAUGCCCUCACCAGAUCUUGAUUGCCAGCUGACCUGGAAGAAGAUGAUGAGCGUUCAGUCUGCAGGAUUUCUGUAGGAGUUUAAAGACACAGGAAUGGGGAACACAGAGAGCCAGUACAGCGUUCAGGGGUCCAGGAGUAACGGCUUCGUCCUCCCUGGCAGACAGAAGCCCUAUUCAUUGAAGUUUCGCUCCACCAAGGAGGGAGGUUUAUCAACUCAUGGUUGGUGGAGGGUGGGAUCAGGGGUUUCUGGUUUCAAAUCCAGAGCUAUGGCUCGUGGAUGCCUGUCUCAGUCCAAGAGCCACCCGGCGUACAUGUCUCGUCAUUAUGACUACGUCACCAAUGGAAAUGAGGUGAAGAGAACCAGUGACCAGUGCAAUGGUUCUUCUGAAUGCUUGCCGUCAAGAACACCGUUGGUUCUUCCUUUGGAGAAUGGCUGCCAGGAAGGACCCAAGGAAAAUGGGCACAGCAGGUAUGAAAAGGGAGACUGUAAUGGCCAUACUGGGCAUAAUGAGUUGACUGGGUACAAGACCCCCGAGCGGAAAUCUAGGUUGGAGGUGCUGGAGGAGCAGAGCAGCAGCCCCAGGGUCGUAAUCAAGAGCGACGGCAGCGUACGAGUAGAGUUCGCAAACGUCGCCAACAACUCCAGGCUGCUUCCAGACCAGUACACUGGACCAGUUCAGCUGCUGAAGUUCUCUCCCACAAUGGACUCCUCCUCUUCCUUGCCCACUUCAUCUACAGUGCCUCUACAUGUUUCUGAACAUCUUGACCAUGGUUCUGCACCAGUGGCUGCCAGCUCCACCACAAGAACCAGCAAGGGCAGCUCGUUGAGUUCCGAAGGCUCCUGGUACGACUCGCCUUGGGGAACCGGCGGCGAGUUGAACGAAGACUCUACCUCUCCCAACAGGGUUUCCGAAGCUCUUUCGCCAGUUUGCAUGGAUUUCUACGAUCAACAGCUACCCGGCGUCACGAUAUCCGAUCUCUACCGAGACCCGAGCAUCGCUGCCACGUUCCCGACCGCCAAAGAUCUGCAGUUUUCAAACGGCACACCUUACAAACACAGGGCUUCUUUUGGGUCUGUGCUGAAAGAACCUGCUGAAGAGGCUUGCAGCGAGGGCCUGCAGUACUCGUCCUUCACCUUACCCUGUCGCAAGUCCAAACCAAUCACAGACAGCUCUGGAGCCAAGGAGUCUAUCAGGAAUCAAAUGAGGCGGCUCAGUGACUGGACUGGGAGUCUGACUAGAAAGAAGAAGAAAUCGAAGGAGCCCAGAUACAAAGAGCCCGUCGACUGCUUUGACAGUGGUGUCGAUGGCCUCACUGCUGACACCAGCUCUCCCUCUCAGGUUUCCAGUCUGCUGUGGUACCCCAAGGCUCAGUCCCGGGCCCGCUCGCAGUCCCAGGCCCUGCCCUCCCGCAGCGAUUCAGCCGGCGCUCUGCACAUGGACACGGACGCCCUGCGGCAGAACAUCUACGAGAACUUCAUGAGGGAGCUGGAGACCGGUCACACGGGCGCAGGAAGCGGAGGAGAGGAGCGGGAGGAGAACUCCGUGGACGAGACGGAGAGCAGCAGUCAGGAGACGCUGGGAUCUCUGGAGCAGCUGGAUUUGCUGUUUGAGAAAGAGCAGGGUGUGGUCAGGAGAGCUGGAUGGUUGUCCUUCAAGCCUUUGCUCACCCUGCACAAGGACCGCAAGCUGGAGCUGGUGGCCCGGCGCAAGUGGAAACAGUACUGGGUAACACUGAAAGGCUGUACACUGCUGUUCUACGAGACUUACGGAAAGAGUUCUCCGGAGCAAGAGAUGUUACCGAGCUACGCUUUGCUGGCGGAGGACGGCAUAGUUCAGGCUGUUCCCGAGCAUCCGAAGAAAGAGAACGUGUUCUGCCUCAGCAAUGCCUACGGCGAUGUCUACCUCUUUCAGGCCACUAGUCAGACAGACUUGGAGAACUGGGUAACGGCUCUCCACUCUGCCAGUGCGUCUCUGUUUGCGAAGCGUUACGGGAAGGAGGACACCCUGCGUUUGCUGCGAGGGCAGAUCCGCGGCCUCCUGCAGAAGAUCGACAUGGACGGCAAGAUGAAGAAGAUGGCUGAGCUGCAGCUGUCCAUCGUCAACGACCCCAAGAACAGGAAGGCCAUCGAGAACCAGAUCCAGCAGUGGGAUCAGAAUCUGGAGAGGUUUAAUAUCGACCUGUUCCGCAUGCGCUGUUACCUGGCCAGCCUGCAGGGAGGAGAGCUGCCCAACCCAAAGAGUCUUCUGGCCACGGCCAGCCGACCGUCUAAAGCUGCUCUCGGACGACUGGGAAUCUUCUCCGUCUCUUCUUUCCAUGCACUGAUCUGCUCCAGAGAUGAGGCGACGCUGAGGAAGCGCUCCCUGUCUCUGUCUCAGAGAGGACGCAGCCGGAGGGGGGUCUUCUCCUCUCUGAAAGGUCUGGACAGCCUCACCAAACGCGGCCGUGAUAAAAGACCCUCCGCCUCACAGGACUGCAUUAACAUUACCUACUGUUCUCAGAGUGGCCUUUCUCAGAUCUUUGACUGUGAUGGAGAACAAGUUGGCUAUCUUCCUCCUUCUAGCAGUGAGCGGCUGGACGGCCUGCCUGAUGUUUACUCUGUAGCACCACCUGAAGGCAGCCAGUGGAACAGCGGCUCAGAGACCCCAGCCUGCGUGAACAUGCCAGACUGCCAGGCCGUUACAGUGGCUGUGAAACCCCAGCACUCAGUCACGCAGGUUCUCACGCAGGCCUGCAAGAUGAGGAACCUCAACCCAAGUCUGCACUGUCUGCGGCUGCGCAGAUGUGGUGAUGAUGGGAUGCAGGUUUUUACUCCAGCAGGACAUGAGCUGCUGCAGGACUUGUCGUAUGAUGAGCUGGAGAUCAGCCCUCUGAACCUGUGCUCUCUCCGCAUGACCAGGCCCUCGAGCACAGGGGACUUCGGGUUCGCUGUCACAGGCCAUGUCGACAGCCUCAGAAACAGCCGCAUCUUUGUCACUGAAGUUCUCCCUGAUGGAAUCGCCUUCAGUGAAGGUCUCAGGCCGGGUGACGAGAUCGUGGUUCUGAACGGCUGUGAAGUGUCGUCUCUGGACCUGGUGCUGAUCCAGACGCUCUUCAGUGAGCAGACCCUGAAUCUGACCAUCAGACGAGACCCUCCAUCACACAGACAUGACUCCGCCUCCUCCUCGCACACAUGCAGCAGCAGUAGCAGCCAGCAGCAGCUACUGAAGGACUUCCUGUAUCGCCAUCACAGAGCCAAGUCUGCCACAGAUGUGUCCUGCGUGGGAGACGGAGCAGCUAAAGCUGUAGAGAAUGGUCUGCAGCACCCCCACCACAGAGCAGUGCAGCACAGCAAGAGCGUGGAGACGGUGUGUACGCUGUAUCACUCCUUCCAGGAGGGUUCUGGGGGGCUGAUGGAGAGCCAGAAGGAGUCAGCAGGGCCGGAGCCCACCCUGCUUAGACCCUGCCCACGGCACAUGUCCGCCACUGAGAGACUGCGCAAGGUCAUCCAGGAGCUGGUGGACACUGAGAAGUCCUACGUCAAGGACUUGAGCUGCCUGUUUGAAAUCUACCUGAAGCCUCUGCAGAAGGAGACGUUCCUCACACUGGAUGAGAUGGAGAGCUUAUUUGGUAGUCUACCUGAGAUGCUGGACUUCCAGAAAGUUUUCUUGCAAACCCUGGAGGAGAGAAUAGCUUCAUCUCCAGACUUCAGCACUCUGGAAACACCUAUGCAAUUCAAGAAGCUGCUGUUUUCACUGGGUGGAUCAUUCCUCUACUACGCCGAUCACUUCAAACUCUACAGUGGCUUUUGUGCCAACCACAUCAAGGUCCAGAAGGUUCUGGAACGAGCUAAAACAGACCGAGCCUUUAAGGAGUUCCUGGACGCGAGGAAUCCAACCAAGCAGCACUCCUCCACGCUGGAGUCCUAUCUGAUCAAGCCAGUGCAAAGAGUGCUGAAGUAUCCCCUGCUGCUGAGGGAGCUGGUGUCCCUGACCGACACGGACAGUGAGGAGCACUAUCAUCUCACAGAGGCCUUGAAAGCCAUGGAGAAAGUGGCCAGUCACAUAAACGAGAUGCAGAAGAUCUACGAGGAUUACGGGACAGUAUUUGACCAGCUUGUGGCUGAACAAAGUGGUCCAGAAAAAGAGGUCACUGAAAUUUCCAUGGGAGAAUUCCUCAUGCAUUCCUCUGUGAUCUGGCUCAACCCGUUCCCAUCCUUGGGUCGUAUGAAGAAGGAGCCCGAGCUGACUGUGUUUGUGUUCAAGAAAGCGGUGAUUCUGGUCUACAGGGAGAACAACAAACAGAAAAAGAAGAUGAAUGUUCCACGUUCUGCACACUCUCAUGGAGGAGAUCAGGACCAUUUUAAAUUUCGCUGGCUCAUCCCACUUUCAGCACUGCAGGUCAGACUGGGCAACACAGCAGAAACCAACUGCGUUUGGGAGCUGAUCCACACCAAGUCGGAAAUAGAGGGCAGACCAGAGACGGUGUUCCAGCUGUGCAGCAGCAUGCCGGAGUGCAAAGUCAACAUCGUCAAGGUGAUCCGCUCUGUCUUGCGUGAGAACGUGCGGCGAGGCAUGAGAGGAAAUGUCCAGCUCGUUAAUCCAGCUGAGAGAACCUACAAAGACCGGUUUCCACCUGUGAGGGGAACUCUACCUUCUUCUGCUAAACUCGGUUCCUCUCGAGGUUUCUGGCUCGGCAAUAGUAAGCAUAUAGACGUCUAUUCCCUUGCCAAAAGUGACCAGCUGAAGUCCCAACUCCUCGAUUCGGAUUCAGCCAGCGAGGGAAGUGGGAUUCCCAGCAGUGGAGGAGGAGCUGCACCUAAAAACUCUUCCCAUCCUUCAUCCAUUGGACAAGGCAGCAUGAAGGAAUCAGACAUCCUCUGCGAUGAAGAGAACGAAUACAGCGAGUGUUUAGGUCAUCACGAUUCCGAUCACAGUUCGGGUUCAGUCGAGGCUCAGUUCCGUGAGCUUCGUCUGUCCGACGUACCACGAGCUCCACGAGUCCAACCUGAAGGAGGAGAAGUAGACACUCCUGAGAGACAACCUCAGCAUGAGACUCAGAGCCUGCAGAGACGCCACUUUUGUGCAGUGAAACGCAGGCCAGGUGGAGACGGUAGUAGCUUCAGGCGCCGCCAGGGGGCGCUAGUGACCAUGCGGCAGCACAGUCGCUCUCUGGACAGCCAAUCGGAAUCAGCGGUGGUCAGUGUGGACCUCAAUGCCCUGCUGGAGCGAGAGUUCAGCGUACAAAGCCUGACCUCUGUAGUUAAUGAGGACUGCUUCUUUGACAAUGCCAACGAGAAGCCAGGGAGCAGCAGUACCAGCACCACCGCAGCCACGACUUCAUAGCUCACCUGCACCUGACCUGCUGACCGGCUUCAAAAGACUUCCGUCGGCUCAGUGAUCAGGCAGGCCGACGCUUUAAGGUCCACCAGGAUUUAACCGUGCCUGGAGAAGACAACUCCGCAUGUCUCCAGACAUCAAAUCUACACUGAAUGUCAUCUGGCUGUGUGCGAGUAUGACCUCGUCUUCAACCUUGCCUGUCCUUGCGUGGCUGGCAACUGAGGAAAGGGUAACUUCAAUGAAAAUGAACUGAUUCAAAGAAAGCUAGAAAAAAAAAAUUAUAGAUUUAUUGACCUUCAGUAGUGCCACAGUGACGGAUACCUCCACGAAAGCUGCGUUUAGAGCUUGUUUCCCUGCUAAACAACUAAUUAACCUUGACUUUUGUUAGGAAGCAUUUGACUGCGAUGGUUUUGCACCAACAAGCCAAGUCACGUGACUUCCCUUUUGAUACCAGCUUGAUUUAAUAGUCUGAGUACUGAAGCAAAGAAAAUCAGUCAACCCACACACACACACACACACACACACACACACACAGCGACCGGUACUAUUGAAACUGUGCUUUGCCUCCAGUGUUAACAGAAGUGGAGGACUCUGAAACAACUACAGGAAUAAUUAUUUCUCCAGACUCUGCCUUGCUGUAUUGUUGUGCACUACGUACACAUUUUGCCUACUUUUUAGCUUUGCUCCUACAUUUUUUUUUAUUUGUACAUCAUUGAGUAAUUGGAGUUUUUAUGCAUUUUUUAUUAUUUAUUUAUUGUUUUAAUAGGAAGCCAAAACAACAUGGGUUAAUGACUUGAUUUUUUUUUCUUCUUGAAGUACAACAUAAUACACGGGAGCUCUGCAAAUGAUCCGGACAUGGGUCGUAAUGUAAUUUAUCUUAAUUAGUAAGGCAGCCGAGAUGUGUAGUGAACAGUGUACGAAACAGUCACACUGUCGGAUACAAUCAGCACAGUUAAAAUAAAACGUGCUGUGUUGGGUACUUGCCAUAAAAAGUAAAAAAGGGUUACUUUUUUUUAAUGUCCAAAUAUGUAUAGUAUUUUUUCACGAAUUACUGUACUUUAACUUAAUUUUUAAUACUGUAUAUCCCUUUGACGUUUCAGGAAUUUAAAAAAAGUGUUGUAAAUGUACAAAAAUAAACAAUGUCUGGUAAA